UCGUUUCGUCUCCAUUGUCGUGCUCUCUCUCUCUCUCUCUCUCCAAUCACCAACCUUUUGGGCGAUACCUCGAUUGGAUCUGAAAUCAGAUGGUAGAGCAGUGAUAGAGAUCGGAAAAAUGGGUCACAGGGUGGACCAUGAGUAUGAUUAUCUCUUUAAGAUCGUGCUGAUCGGCGAUUCUGGAGUUGGGAAAUCCAACAUACUAUCGAGGUUCACUCGCAAUGAGUUCUGCUUGGAAUCCAAAUCCACCAUCGGUGUGGAGUUCGCCACCAGGACUCUUCAGAUAGAAGGGAAGACUGUCAAAGCACAGAUAUGGGAUACUGCUGGUCAAGAAAGGUACCGUGCCAUCACAAGUGCAUACUACAGGGGUGCAGUAGGUGCUCUCCUUGUGUAUGACAUAACAAAGAGGCAAACAUUUGACAAUGUUCAGCGAUGGCUACGUGAACUCCGGGACCAUGCUGACUCCAACAUUGUCAUUAUGAUGGCUGGUAAUAAGUCUGAUCUGAAACACUUAAGAUCUGUUCAGGAAGAUGAUGCGCAGGAAUUCGCUGAGAAGGAAGGACUUUUCUUCCUUGAAACCUCAGCACUAGAAUCACUCAACAUUGAGAAGGCAUUCCAGACUAUUCUUACAGAGAUCUAUCACAUUGUAAGCAAGAAGGCGCUUGCUGCUCAGGAGGCCACAGCCACAGCCACAGCACCACCUGUUCAGGGGACAACUAUCAAUGUAACUGAUUCAUCUGGAACCUUUUCAAGGAGAACUUGCUGUUCCACUUAGUGCUUGAGCCUGCAUUCAGUGACUGUGUUUGUUUUGCAUGAAGAUGAAUUUAACAUUAAUGUGAGUUCCUUAUGUGUGGACUAUUAGUUGUGUGAUUUUGAUGAUUAUUGAAGGAGAUAGUUAGGUUUCUCAGAGCCUGAAGAGAAUUUUCACUGAACUCAAGAUGAAAUGUGUGCUUUAAAUUGUUCUCAUUUUCUCUUCUUUGUUGUUGGUCAUGGUGUUGAUGUAACUAGUAACUAGUCCUGACUUUGUAUUAAGCAACAAUUGCUUAUUCUUGUCUUCUGGAAACUCUCCAGGUUCUCAGUUGCUUACA